UUUGUUAGAAUGAGGCAAUUAAGUUUGAGUGAUUGUCUUAGUCUUUCUAUCCAGUGCGCUGAGGAAGCAGGAAACCUUAUUUUAAAGGCAAAUGACCAAGCAAAAAUAGCCCAGAUGAAAUCUUCCUCCAGCGAUUUUGCUACCGCGACCGAUAAAGCUUGUGAAGAGCUUAUUGUAACAAAGAUUAAAAAUUCUUAUCCAGAACAUCAUAUUAUAGGAGAAGAAUCAACAGCGCUUGGCACUGAAAUAACUUUAACUGAUUCUCCUACUUGGAUAAUCGAUCCCAUAGACGGCACUACUAAUUUUGUUCACGGAUUUCCUUUCGUAGCCGUUUGUAUCGGUUUUUCCGUUAAACGAGAAAUUAAAGUGGGAGUUGUUUAUAAUCCUAUACUUAAACAUCUAUACUUUGCUAAAGAAGGCAGUGGAGCUUACCUUAAUUCGACGCGCCUUCAGGCGAGUAGUUGCACCGAUUUGUCGAGAUCGCUUCUAGUUUCUGAGUGGAGCUACGAUCGAAGGCGGGAUCAUCUAGCUUGUGCCCAAGCAAACUUCACUAAUUUUCUUAUGCAUCCGUGCCACGGCAUUCGCUCUACUGGCUCUUCCGCUUUAGAUUUGUGUCUAGUAGCUGAAGGGAGCGUGGAUGGAAGUUGGAUUUUUGGCUUAAACAUUUGGGAUUAUGCCGCUGCUUCAAUUAUUGUAAAAGAAGCGAAUGGCGUUGUUAUGGAUGUUACUGGUGGCCCCGUAGAUUUUCUUGCAAAGCGUGUAGUUGCCGCUGGUACGAGGGAACUCGCCCUGGCUCUUUGCGAAAAAUUAGUAGAAACUCCAGUUUAG